CCCUCUCCGCCCAUGCUCUAAUACUCAUGCACAACAAGUGAACUUUAUCUUUAUUAAAAUCUGGCUCUGCUCUCUUUGUAGCAUGUGGAUUUGUGCUACGGUAAAACUAUAAACCGAAUUUCUUACAUUAACCGCAAGUUCAAGCUGCAACAAAGAUGGGGAAAGUGAACGUCUGUUUGAGACGGAGUUACAUUUUCGUGACAAGUUUAAUGGCGAUCGGCAGUGCCCUGCUGUUGGCAGGCACUCUGUUUAGCCAUGGACACUUCCACGGUGAUGAAGAGAUAGAGUCGAUGCUUGCAGGGAUUCAUAUGCUGUAUAUUAUUUCCAUCAUAACUCUACUCUUGGCCAUCACUGGUGUGUAUGGUGCCUGCAAAGAGAAAAAGUGGGCACUUAUACUGUUUGCAGUUGGAACAAUCCUGAGCAGUCUUGUUAUGAUUGCUGGUGAAAUUAAAGGACUGGUUAUGCGACCAAAGCACGCUGAAGAAUUCAACAGGCAAUAUCUAAGUAUGUUGCAAAUGCAUAGAAAUGGAACUGAGAGUAUUUCAGACCACUUCGAGGAAAUGCAGUUUCAUCUGCAGUGUUGUGGACUAGAUCAGGGUUAUAUGGAUUGGGGCUACAACAUCCCUGAAUCCUGCCUGUGUGCUGAGGAUUCAACUCAUCCAUGCGUGGAAGCUCCUAAAAACAGCAGUCUGUUUACGCACACGACAGAUGGCCACCCCAUCAUGAUUUAUAAAGAGCCAUGUUUACCAUACUUGAUCGCAUAUGAGAUGGAAGUAGUGGAUACUGCAUUGGGCAUAAUGCUGGGAAUCACAUUAUUCUGGAUAUUGUCAGUGGUGCUGUGUAUUCUCAUCUUGCGUCAGCUGAGUAAAAAGAAGGAAGACACGCCCAUCGUGGUUUACAGUCCAGAGGCAAAAGCAGGCAACUACACUGUCCUCGCAGAUGCUGCAGACUACUCCUGAUUGGGAUCCUACAAGGAUACAUAGUGUUUUUAUGUUGUCUGAAUGUGUCGAAAGUUGGCUUCAGUAAGUGAAGUUACAUAAAAACUUGUACAUUGUAUUUGUUUGUUGUGCAACCUCUAUGCAUAUCCCAUAUUUUCACAAUGGGAAAAGUGUAGCAGCACAUACUGUGAAGUCGUAUUUUCUUUGUGAUAGAAACUAAGACAUAAACUGCAUGUUAAUUUGUGACCUACACCACUAAAUAACAUAGGUGGGAUAUACAGUAAUUCUGCAGUGAGUGCUUUGAAAAUUCUGAGUGGUAUUUUCAUCCACUUGAAUUAUUUGAAUGGUAAUUUAACACAUUUGAUCCAAGAUGGAAGCACUUGCAAGCAGUAAAUUUGAGCUACAUUGUAAGAUAUGGAAAUAGAGGAAAUGUGCUUUAAAUAACAGCACUGUUCAUGAUACAUGCAGAAACAUUUAGAUUGUAGAUUGGGGCUUUUGUAAGAAUGUGUGUAUUUUGUGGUUUUGUAGCUUCUAUAAGCAGUAUCCGUAUCCUGCAAAACUUUACAUAAACCUUUUUAUGUUUUUUAAAGAUUUAAAUUCGCAUUUUACUGGAGAAUUGUUUUUUUCUAGAACAGUUUUACAUAAAGGAUGUUGUGGUACAUAUUGGGGAGGAUGCAGGAUGGAAAGAUUUUUUUCAGCAGGUAUCAAUAACCAAUGAUAAUUGGCAUGUUGGCAUGUCCAAUACCUUAAAAAUUAGUCCAUAACCCAUAAUAUUUACGUUUUAGACAAUAUCCCAACUUUUUUUGUAUAGGUUUUGUAUUGUGAAUAGCUACGUAUGAUACUGCAUAACCAUAUUCUGGGAUAGAUGCUUCAGUUCAUUGCAGGAGGAGGCAGGAACGCAGAUAACAGCGAAGAUCCAUCUAACAAACUGUAGUUUACUUGUUGUUUUGGCUGCCAAAGAAGCAAAUCCUAAGUCCCAUAAAACCAAAGCAAGUGUUUCAGGCUCCUGUCACUGCUUCAUCCCCUGAUUAAAAAAGGAGAAUAAACAGAAAGUUCAAGCACUUAUCCUCGUCCCUCCGUCUCCCAAAGUGACGUCAACUGUUCAGCCUUUCUGCUAUCAUGACAAGAAAUGUAACAGCUGCAAUACUUGUAAUAGAUAGGCCUACUUGUCUGUUUUCUGAUAAUGUAUGUAAUAUUUGACGCACAAAAGUAAGCGUAAUUUUUUAAGCAUAAUUGUGGCUAAAUAAAAAGACAUGUUGAGUGAUACAGUGUCUUUGUUUUAAGAGUAAAGGAUGUGAUAAAAACAUGUAAUGCUAAAAUCAGGUUGGUAGACAAUUAUGUACUGGCUAGUGAGCUACUUCUUUUAUCAAUUUCAGAUCAAAUUAAAUCAUACUCUAUUGUUAGGGAAACCAACCCGCCACCUUUAGGUGACAAUUUGUCAUCCUUCUGUAGAGAGCCUUCACAGAACAUAAUUGUGGAUGUUUUUAGCACAAUAGCAUAAAAUUUGAUGCGAUCGAAGAAAAAACAUUUUCACUGGUUACACGUUAUUCAGCACAGGUGCAAAGUGCUGGAAAAGCUUGAAAAUGCACCUUAAGAAUGGUUGAAAAGUGCUUGAAUUAGGUUUUUGGAAAAAGUUGUGGGAACCCUGAACACAGCAUGAAAUGAAAAUACUCAAGUAGGCUACAAGCAUAGACAUAUAUACGUAGACUCCGCAUUGAGUGCUGAAGCGUACGUCGACGUCGCCGCCAUCUUGGAUGUGGCAAAGAUAAGAUAAGUGUUAAAAUAAUUGAUUAUUUUCUAUAUUGGUAAAUGGUUUUAUGCUUUAUUUAUGCUUCUCUGUGGUCUGUCUCUGUUCUCUGUGAGUGACGCAGGUCACUAUCAAAGGUCAAACCUUGACUGUAAUAAAUAUCUCUAU